AUGGUAGAAUUUUUCCUGUUUGGAUUUGGGUUUUUAUCGAAAAUGAUGAGUAACUUGAGAUCCUUUGGCAGAUAUAAAGAUAGCAGCGGCCCUCUCCAGUCAUCGGAAAGGAUUUCUAGUAUGAAUAUAACAUUAAAUAAUACCUUUCAUAUACAGUACACUACACAGUUUCACAAUGGUACAUUACUAAUUUUUCCUUACCAUCAUCACACUGUCAGCAAGGCUGAGUACUGCCAACACCUCCAGUCCACUGUUCAGUUAGUUCCGAUCACUUCUGAGUUAAUUCCUUCGCUUCUAUCAUCCCUUUUCCUUCCUACCUUUCUUUUAGUAAUAUGGGAAAAUGGAUUAGAACCUCGGCAUUUGGAUGAAUUGGAGAUGCUUUGCAUGUGCACACAUAAAAGUCAACUUUUUUCACUUGCAAGCAUUUCUGCCAACCCAAUAAAAUUUACUGGUUAUGUUCUUAAAAUCAAUAAUGCACAAUCAAGUAAUGUAGGGCUUGUGCAAACAAAUAAUUCCCAGUCAUUUCUCAUCAAGACACAAACAAAGCAAUUCGAAAUUGACAUGGAAAAGGCAUCAACAGAGGCUUCUUUUCAUGGAAUUGUUAAUCCAGUUGUUUUCCUUCUGCGUCUUGUGAAUGAUGGACAGAAGGCCUUAGGCUGUUUGAUGACAGAAUGA